CGAAAACAAUUAGAAAUUAUCUUGUUGAUCAUUUCAAAUCCAUUGAUUGUAUCGACUGUUGUAAUCCUUUGCAAUUUCUAUCUUAAACUCAACUACUGAAUAAAAGAAUCCUAAUAAAGGAAUUUCUGUUAUUGUAGAAUGAGUCAAGAAUCUACCCACGGACAAGGCAACAACAAUGAACACGUCAGUGUUCAUACUGAAGCAUCUAGUUUUACCCCUCCCGUCCAAAAUGAACCCGUCAUUCAACAAAAUGUUGGGAAUAACCCAAACGCUGGCGGUCAACCUGACCUUGUGAUUCCAACUUUUCUGGCUAAUGUGUUACAAAAGAUAGCCAACGCACCAAUAUUUCAACCACCUCCACCACCGCCACCUCGUGUAAUAACCUACAAGACACUAAGGGAUAACGGUGCCGAAAUAUUCCUUAGAGAUCGUAUCGCGGAACCCCAGGUCGCGUGGGACUGGAUCGAGCAAACUGCUCGAGUGUUGGAGGAUUUAAAUGUACUAAUUGAUAACUAUCCUAGGCUCGCUUCUCAACUACUACGCAAGGAAGCCUACGAAUGGUGGAAGAGAACUGACAAAAGUGCAGAAACCCCGAAACCUUGGACUUGGACCCAUUUCGAGUGGGCAUUCAAACAAGAAUAUAUUCCCAAACGUUUUUGUGAGGAAAGACGUAAGGAAUUUGUGGAACUGCAACAAGAGGGUAUGACACUACCCGAGUACAGUCAGAAGUUCACUCAUCUUGCCAAGUUUGCACCAACAUUGGUGAGCACCCCAACAGACCGCAUCGAAGAGUUCAAGAAUAAACUUCGACCUGACCUUAGGUCGAGAGUAUCCAUCUUGACCACGGUGGAUUUUGCGGCGGCUUACGAUCUAAUAGCCAAGGCAGAUAAUGACUUGAAUGCCUGCAAUGAAUCUGUACAAACUCAGCCGAUGGAAUCCGUUGAUAAGUCCAGAAAGCGGAGAUAUCCUGCUUGCGAACACUGUGGGAGAAAUCACCUGGGAGAAUGCUGGCUUAAACAAGGGUUAUGCCUCGGCUUUGGAAAACCAGGACAUUUCAAAAAGAAGUGCCCUACAAAUCCUGGAGAACCAUUUCCAUAUACCCCCAUUGCUAGUCAGUCGGCAUCAGCACAACCCGCACCAAGUCAACGCUCAACAGCGGGGUCUAAACCAGCCAAGAAUCAGAACCAACAACAAGGACGAGCUCCUGCUCGUACAUAUGCAAUGAAGGCACGAACUGAGGAAAACCCUGACGUCAUUCAGGUGACGAAUUGGGAAUCCUAUCUCCGAAAGGAGCUCUGCUUCUCCCGUGAAUCGCAUAAGGCGAGGGAGCAAAUUCGCUUCGGCUAUCUCAUCUCCACCGAGAUCACGAGGACAAACGUGUUGGCAGCCCACUCGUUCAGCUCUGAUUCAUCUCCUGGACGUCACGAUAUGUUUGGCGUUGAAGAUCUCCUCCUUCGUGUAGAACAAAACACUGCCCUGGUUUUCUCGAUGGUUGGAGUACCAAAUCUUGUCUGAUCGUGCUGAAAUUUUAGGAGGAGUCUAAGGACUCGUGGAGCUUCAAUCUGAACGGUGGAGAUCGAAUUUCAACGGUUCAAUCUCGAGUUAUGAGCUUCUGAACAGCCUGCAUAUUUUUGUAGAUCAAGAAGAAUCUUUAUUUGAAGGUGUAUUGGAAUCUACGUCCUUGAAGAAGAUCUUUGAGAAGGUGUAACAAGCCAUGGAGAUAGACGCAAACCUAGUUUGUCGUCAAGUCAUUCGUAAGUAGACAAAUCAAUACAUUAGAAGGUU